UACAGAAGGGAAAGACGGGAAGUGGCGGCCAAGGCAAUCGCGACUGGAAGGUGCUCGGGCCCCAGGACCAGUGGCACCCAGACUUACCUUUGACCUUUUCCUGCCCACUUCCUGCCUUGGCUUGUGAAUCUUGCCUCCUCUAAGUUUUUCUGAUCCAGCGAAUUAGACCUGGACCCAAACCAUGUUCCCGGUAAAGGUAAAAGUGGAGAAAUCAGAGAUGGAGAUGGCCAAAGCCCGGAACCAGCUGGAUGCUGUUCUUCAGUGUCUACUGGAGAAGAGUCACAUGGACAGGGAACGUCUGGAUGAAGACGCUGGGAAAACACCCUCGGAUACACACAAGGAUUGCUCCAUCGCUGCCACUGGCAAAAGGCCAUCUGCCCGCUUCCCCCACCAGCGGAGGAAGAAGAGGAGGGAGAUGGACGAUGGGCUGGCUGAGGGGGGUCCUCAGAGAUCCAACACAUAUGCGAUCAAGCUGUUUGACCGGAGUGUGGAUUUGGCCCAGUUCAGUGAGAGCACACCAUUGUACCCCAUCUGCCAUGCCUGGAUGCGCAACAGUCCCUCAGUGCGAGAGCGUGAGCGGUCACCCAGCUCACCACCCCCUCUGCCUGAGGAUGAGGAGGGUUCAGAGGUCAUCAACAGCAAAAGUCGUGAUGUGUACAAGCUGCCUCCACCCACAGCCCCUGGACCACUGGGAGAUGCCUGCAGAUCCCGAAUUCCAUCCCCACUGCAGCCUGAGACCCAGGACCCUGACGAUGAACCCUCCGAGCCUGAACCCUCUCCUUCCACACUCAUCUAUCGCAACACGCAACGCUGGAAACGGAUCCGCCAGAGAUGGAAGGAGGCGUCUCAUUGGAACCAGCUUCGUUACUCAGAAAGUAUGAAGAUCCUGCGGGAGACGUAAGAUCGACAGUGAUGUUCCCAGUUCCCGCACCCCAAUAAACCUGCCCCCAACCCACAAAAAAAAAAAAAAGAACUGAACUGAACCAGUCACAGUGGUGUGGACUUGUCAUCCUCGGUCUCAGGAGACUGAGAUGUCAAGGUCAAGUCCAGCCUGGGAUACAUAGUAAGACCUUGUGGAGGAGAGGCAAAGAAGAUUGGAAAGAGGGAAAGAGGAAGGGAGGGGAGGAAAGAAGCAAGCAAAGAAAGGAGAACCACCCCAAGGCUGGCACAGCAAAUGUUCAACCUCUUAGAGAUCUAGUGAGACUGAUACAAAAGAGGGUUAUGAAUUCAGAGGCAAGAUCUAAUCUAGCAUUGAGCUUAUUUAUAUACCAGAGCCAAGAUUCCAAAUCUGGAUAACGUGUAAAUUUCAGAUGCCACCAUUGGUUCAUCCUUCAGAUACAAAUAUCUUCCUGAAAGUCCACCCCCAGGGACACAC